AUGUGUAUGAUUCAUUCGAAGUGGGAGUUUACAAACUUUGUUUGCGAAUCGCUGGACAAAGACUUUGGCGAAUUCGAAUAUUGUUUCAUAAAGUCGGUUAAUCGCAGUUAUAAGUAUAUAUCUGGAAAGUACAAGCUAUAUCGACGACCUUUAACAAAACUCACCGUCAACACGGCUCUCCUGAAACGAUUUAAUGGUUAUAAGCCAUUCCUCUACAAUAUAUCCGUUGAUAUCUGUAAAUUUUACAAGAAUCCAAAAUCGAAUAUGGUAAUGAAAUUCUUUUUUGAGUCGUAUACGGCUUUUGCCAAACACAACCGCACAUGCCCCAUCAAUAAUGAUAUUGUUCUCGAUAAGUUACCAGCUAGUGUUAUGAAUCACCGAUUUACAGAUAUUCUUCCGUUCCCUGAGGGAGAUUACUUAAUCGAAACAAGAUGGGUGCUCGAUGGCACUUCAAGAGCUAUUGUAAAGUCUUAUGGAACUUUGUCUUAA